AUGUGCGAGUUUAUUUCUCGCAGAGGGAACAAAAUAUGCAUAAAAUUGAUUCUGCCCUGUUCCAUUCCAAAAAAAAAACGUUAUUACGUAUAUCUAUGGAAAGGGAAAUUCAUCACUGUUGUCGUUGUCGCUGUCUUUUGUUGGUGUGUUGGACGAAGCUUGAAGAGAAAGCAGUGGAAAGGAGAAACGAAGUGGGCAGGAAGAGAUGUCCACUUGGCUUGGGUAUUGCUUGUAAUACUGUCCUUUAGUGCUAGAGACAAUCCGGACGUGGAACCAGCGUUGCAGUUAUCAAGUCAAUCGGAUAGAGUCCGUACAAAGUGGUUUACUUGUUCUGGUAAAUGA